CCUACACUGAAUACGGUCCAAAUGAGGAAAUCACAUUUUAAAUAUGACGUGUUUCAAAUUGGUAGUCGGAAGCAUCUGCAACUGAUUACUAUUCUAGCCUAUAUGGAGCCUGGAUUUUUUCUCAGUUGGUUUGGUGCAUCUAAAGAACGAAAAUGACACUUCUCAAAACACUCUGUCAAACAGCAAAAAGACCCAGAAAAUGUACGCGCGACCUUGUCAGAGGGAGAAAGAAGAAAAUACAUCUUCUCAUCGGUACUAUGCUAAGGGCCAUGAGCGAGAUGCUCUUUGUGCUAGGCCUUGGUGUUUGAGUGUAAGUUUGGGUUGUUGUUGUUGUUUGGUUUUCAAAAUUUUGUUUUUUAUUUUCUGUAACCAUGGAUGAAAGCAACCGUUGUCCCUCAAUACUUGAUGUGAUGAUACAAGAAUUAAACCAGAAUGUAUUUAAAUGAAACUCGAGAACCCGCUCAGUUUUUAUGCGAGGCACAACAAGAUGUAGAAAUCACCGACCCAGUCACAGACAUCAAUAUGGCUAUCGCAGAUCUUGAUCAUUCUCAAAGCAUUUUAAACACCAUAAAUCAAUGUCAAGACUUGCUAAAUCAAAUACCCUCGUCCUCUUCAAACAGCGUACCCACGCGAUACGACUCUUUAAUCGGAGAACAAAGCCCCGUCAUUUCUUUUAUCCCUAACUCGUUCUCAAAUAUUGAUGUUGCUAUCGCCGAACGUAAUCAUACGCAAGCUGUUUUAAAUACGAUAAGCCAAUGUCAAGAUUUGUUAAAUCAAAUACCCGCCAAUCCCUCGACCUCAAACAACACGCAUUUGCAAACCGAGACCCGACUUGAUAAUAAUCAAAGUGCCCAAAAUCAAACGAGCGUCUUUAACGCCAUAGACCACGCCGUAAAUCGUUUAGAAAAUGUCCAACUCGCAACGUCCAACCGUCAAAAUCAACAGCGAGGGGGUAAUGUAGAGGAUGUUCGUUCGGAAAAUUUAGAACAUCAACACACAUCGCAGCGAGAAAACUCACCUCAAAAUUCACCCUCGUCGAGGGUGGUGAUGCGACCUAGAUUUAACAGCGUUGAAUCCAGCCAUCUGCUCAACAUCAACAUUACCGAACUACAUCGAGGUACGGCUGAUUUUGGUGAAUUUUACGUCAGGGUGUUUACAGAGAUGGCGCAAGCGGUGACGAACGUCAUUUCACAAGUCAAACGACAAGAUGCGGUGCAGCUCGAGUUGAGAGGCAAUACUCUGCCUCAAGGCGUGUCCUGCGUCGUGAGCGGAGAGGAGUUUGAUUUAACUCACUUACAGUCUUUCCUAGACCGCAUUGUGCAAUCUAACACAGCCGUUAAAACCGACGGUAAUUUGGUAUUUACUGUCCAACUCGUCAAAAAUCCCCGAGGCGGCGGUCGAAGACUCUUGUCUAAUACCUUAGACGGCGAGAUUAUUAAAAAAAGUGACGGUCUCUGCGGGUCGCAAUCAACAGCCACGACAACCAACUUUGUUUUGCGAUUAAUUUGGCUCACCUGCUCUACCCCAAUAUUGUCGAUAGCGAAGCGUUUGCGCUUGGCAGAGACUUUCAAAGUAAGGCGGGUUUGAACGAUCAGACCGCGGUAACGUUCGGCGAUAUAGCAAAAUAUGAAAAAGUCUCAAACUGCAAAAUUGUAGUGUUCUACAGAACCAACGACGCUCGAACGCUCUCUAAAUUUGUGACAGAUUCACCAAGAAGACAAAAGACGGUGUUUAUGUUUCUGUUUGAAAAACACUACUACGGCAUAACGAGCCUGAAAUCCUUCCUAGGCUCGCCGUACGCGUGCGAGUAUUGCUACGCGGGGUACACCUCCGUCGCAUGUCACUAUUGCGAGGGUCAUUGCUCCGUUUGCUCGGACCCCUCCUGUAGCGAGCGAGAGCUCCGACCUGUAGUUUGCGUCAACUGUAACAGAACGUGCCAUUCCGCGUUGUGUUUAGCCAAACACAAAGAGCCCGUAAAGAGGCCCGUGGCUGAAAAAUAUGUCAGUA